AUUAGUUCUCAUAAUUAGAUACUUCGGUGUUGCCAGGAAGGAUAUUUCGAUAAGGUAUAAUUACUGUGUGAGUGGGAAUGUGGCUGCAGAUAAAGCUGGAUGCAAUCGUGCAUUCGUGAUGUAGAUGCAAACAAUGAAAUGAAAUCCAGAUAUAAAAUCCGAUACCACGAAUAGAAAAUCACUAAUUGGAAAAUAACUUGAGAAAGGAGGACAAUUGUUGAGUUGGAUGGUAUUUAUAUUCUACAAAAGAGGUGAUAAAUUAACAUAAAAAACUUCAAAGUUCAUAGACAUUCUACAGACACCAUGAAGGAUAUGUUGCAGCUUGUUAUAGUUUGGCUGUUAACUGUCACUGCCGCUGUAGCCUUCUCGGUUCAGUUCCCGUACGAAGACGCCGACUCUGAAGACAAUUCGCUACUAGCAGCUGUGAACAAACGUCGAUUCUACGCCAGAUCAAGUGCAUGCAGCUGUUGCAGCGCUACCCAAGACUUCCGCUGCUGUGGCGAAUGUCCACAAAUGCCCUAUUAUAGCGGGUAUAUUUUGGGCAAACGCAGUAUUGAACCAGUGGAGGAAGAACGCGACAUCAAUGACAUUGACGCUCAGAGCGAGAGCAAACGCAGCUAUAUUGACUGUAAAUGCUGCUCCCUUACUGGAAACAGGACAUGUUGUAGACGAUGCCAAAACAUCACCCCCUUCUUUUACAAUACUUACAAAAAACGAUUUUCAUUUUUCAAUAGGGAAUCGAGUGAUCCUUGCUCAGAAUGCCAGAGCACGUAUAAUCCAAAAAGCUGCAUUUUAUGCAACAGUCUUAUCAUGGGCAGGAAAUAGGUUAAAUGACAUUCGAUUGAUACGUACAGUAUGAUCGAUGGAUAGCACGAUAAUGUUUUUUAUUUGAACACUUCAUUUGAAAGUUGUGUUAUUACAGCUGCAUGCGAAAAGAGGGGAUGUGCCCUCUUUUAGUUUUAUCGUUGCAUUAGUCUUGUUGGCGUUGUAACAUAGUUUUAAUUGCAGAGUUAUCUCAGAAGUCUGCUUUAGUGUAAAAUGAGAGCUAGUCAAUAAAGUUAUACUGCC